AUGCGACUCCAUCGCUGUGAAGGCUGCCUCGCGGCCUGCCGGCCCGAGCGCGCCACGGCCUCGUCUAGACGAAAUAUAACCAGAACAAAUCAAUUGAAGAGAUCACGAGCGUCGCCGUACACGACAUCUAUCAAACGGGAAUCCAAAAUGGCGGAGUCCACCCCCCCACCGCCACCAGAGAAUAACGCACCACAAGACCCGGCGAACUUCGUAUCGCCCUAUAAUCAAGAAAUAUCUGUUACAUAUUUGUAUUUUCCAGCCAUGCCGUGGUUCGGUAUGGACAUAGGUGGUACCCUCACGAAGCUAGUAUACUUCGAGCCUCGCGAAAACAAUAGGCGAGAAUUGGACAAAGAGACAGAGAUUCUGAAGAAUAUAAGAAGAUAUUUGACCAGGAACUCCGCAUACGGCAAAACUGGCAGAAGAGAUGGGCAUCUGCAGAUGGACAACGUGACCAUCCGUGGCCGUCGUGGCACUCUGCACUUCAUCCGUUUUCCCACCAGUGAGGUUGGGGCAUUCCUCCAACUAGCUCGCUCCAAGGGAAUGGCAGCUCUUGUCAAUACAAUAUACGCUACGGGCGGCGGGGCGUACAAAUUCGAAGAAGACUUUAUAAAGGAAGUGAACAUGCGUCUGUCCAAGCUGGACGAGCUGGAUGCUUUAAUAGCUGGCGUGCUGUUCGUGGAUGCUAUGAACCCUCAGGAGUGCUACUACUGGGCCCCGCCAUUACCACCACACGAAGUAGACUCGCCGCCGUACCUAGAAGCAGCCUUGAGUCAGUACGUGAGGAAACCAUUCGACUUCUCAAACCCCUACCCCUUCUUGCUAGUAAAUAUUGGUAGUGGCGUCUCCAUGUUGGUAGUGAACGCUCCCAAUGAUUAUUAUAGAGUUAGUGGCACCAGUCUAGGAGGCGGUACAUUCCUCGGUCUAUGCUGUCUUCUCGCCGGUUGCAGCAGCUUCGAAGAGGCAAUAGCUCUAGCAGCAUCUGGAGAUAAUACUACCGUCGAUAAACUUGUUAGAGAUAUAUACGGCGGGGAUUAUGAGAGGUUCGGCUUGAGAGGGGAUCUGGUGGCUAGCAGUUUCGGUCACAUGUGUUCAUCCGAGCGUCGAGCGAAGGUUUCCCGUGAGGACCUAGCUCGAGCCACGCUUGUCACUAUCACCAACAACAUAGGCUCCAUUGCCAGGCUUUGCGCGAGCAACGAGCGGCUAGAGAGGGUGGUGUUCUGCGGCAACUUCCUCCGCGUGAACCCUCUGUCCAUGAAGCUCCUCUCAUACGCCAUGUCGUACUGGUCGAGGGGCGCGCUCAAGGCGCUGUUCUUGGAGCACGAGGGUUACUUUGGUGCCGUCGGAUGUUUGCUCCGAUAUGACCUCAAGAACCACAGGAAAGAAAAUGUAUCAAGGAACGACACACCGGAAAGACAAAUGGAUAGAUGA